GAGUAGCAACCAAAGUACACGAGCAUGCGCAGUAGUUAGUACCGUCCAUCGAAUUCAAAAAGUUGGGCAAAUUGUAAUAUUGUAUUUACGGACGGAUAUUAUUUUAUUUUAAUUUACUUUUAAUUCAAAAACUUAAAAAUAUCGAAGAAAUGUCAUCGGAACUGAACGUUUUAUUAGAAAUGGGAUUUCCACCUCAAAGAGCGGAAAAAGCUUUACAUGUUUCAGGAAAUCAAAUCGAACCUGCAAUGGAAUGGUUGUUAGCUCAUAGCGAUGACCCAGAAAUUGACGCACCUCUUGAAACAGAAGGACAGAAUAAAGAGGAGACAGCAGCUGAUGAUAAAUCAGGUGAAAAAAAUUCUGAUGUUAAAGAAGAAACUUCUGAACAGCCGAAAUCUGUCCAAUGUGAUGAGUGUGGGAAAAGAUUUCGAUCUGAUGCAGAAAUAGAAUUUCAUGCAGUUAAAAGUGGACAUAAAAGUUUUUCAGAGUCCACAGAAGAAAUUAAACCUUUAACAGAACAAGAAAAACAAGAACAACUGAAAAAACUUGAAGAAAAAAUUAGACAGAGACGACUUGAAAAAGAAGAACAAGAAAGAAAAUCAGCAAUUGAGAAAGAAAAACUGAGGAGGCGAACUGGUCAAGAAAUUGCUCUUGCUAGACAAAAACUUGAAGAAGAGCAACAGAGAAGAGAAGCUGAGCUAAUACGUCAAGAAAAACUAGAAGCUAAAUUAGCUAGGCAGAGAAUUUUAGAAGAAAUUGAAAGAGAUAAGUUAGCUCGUAAAGAAAUGUUUGGAACAGUUGGAAAUACUGCACCUGUUAUAUCAACUGUAAAUAGUUCUAAUACUGUUUCAACUACUACAACUACAGUCCCACAAAGACAAUAUGAUCAAUGCAAACUUCAGAUAAGACUUACCAAUGGUCAAAUCCUAAAUCAGACGUUUGGUUCAAAUGAGGAACUUGCGGCCGUGCGGUUAUUUGUACAGUUAAACAGGUCGGACGGUAAUUGUCCUUUUUCACUUAUGACUAAUUUUCCAAAGAGAAUAUUUAAUGAUGAGGAUAUGAGCAAGCCACUCAGUGCUUUAGGACUUGUUCCCUCUGCUGUGUUGAUUGUGACCAAACAACAAUAAAGUCAAGUCAGUCAAGAUUAAAUAUUAAUAUGUAAAAAAGUUUUCUUUUUUGUAUUAUUAUGUUGUUGUUCAACUUUACAUUUAACAAUUAAAUAAGAAAAUUGUACCAUAUAAAUUUUAGUGUUACUUCUUUGUUCAUUCAAAAGUACAUUAUUUAUUUUUGUAAAAAAGAGAAGAAAACUUAAGUUACCUCAUAUACUUAAUUUUGAAAAAACUACUUAGAUGUUACUUUUCUUUAAUCUCAAAAUAUUUUGUUAAGUAUUUUAGAAGUGUUUUAAAUUUGUUAAUUAUAAAGAACAUUGAAAAUCUUAUUUGAAAAUAAAAAAGUAAAUUUAAAUUCUAUCCAGACAUGUUAAAGAAUGAGUAGUUAUUAUAUUACCAGUAAGAAUUCUUAUAAUUUUAAUUUUUAUAAGCAAGCAAUUGGAGCAUUGUUUAGAUUUCAAAUCUUAAUUUAUAAAAAUUUUUAGCAGAUUUUUUUUUUACUACAUGCAGGGUUCCUAUGCACCUGGAAAGUUGGGGAAAAUCAGUGAUUUAUAUUAGUGUUUGGAAAAAAUCAUGGAGAAUCAGGGAAUUUCACAAAAGUUGUCAAUAAGUCACAAAAAGUCAGGGAAUUUGCCUCCUUGGCUGCUUUGUUGAUAUUUUUUUGCUCACAAUAAAGUAGACCAAGUGUAGCCAUCUGCAAGUAGUAAUGUGGUACAAUGCAACUUAUGAAAAGGCAUGCAGAAUAUUUUCAGGACCUAAAAUUUCCCCAAAAAUUAUUGCAUACAAAAUAAAAUCAUAAUUUAUGAACCAAUUAAUAAUUAUUAUUACAUAGUUUGGAAAAUUCAAAUUAAAUCAUGCAUACAAUAUAAUUAAAUACAUUUACAAUACAAUUUGCCAUGCAACACUAAACUGAUCAGUUAACAAAUAUUUUAGAUUAAAAGAAUGCUUUAAUUUAAGCAUGUUUUCAUCAUCAUAGGAUAGAAUAAACAAUUAUAAACUUGAUGCAAUAUGUUAAACAAUGGCACUGAAUUCAGUUUUGUUUCUAUUAACUUCUAAAACACUCCUUUACAUUGUUUAAGUUAAAUUAUUUUAACUAAAGUUAAUAGGAAAAAUUAUGUACAUUUACAAUUUAAAUAAUAUCAUUAAAACAUAAUUGUUUUGAAAUUGAAAUUUUAAAAUAAUACAAGUUGAGUCUUGGCCAUGUUAAUUAAUACUGGCUUUUUUGUGCACUUGUCCCAUCAAUGUCUUAGUGGGUAAAACACUGGUAGUUGGUUGCAGGUUUGCAUCUCACCAAUGGGCUGGCUGCAUGAAAUUUUUCAGGUUUUCUUCACAAAUCUAACACCUAAAUAGUCAGUUGAGAUAAUUCAGAUAGCAGAUUUCUCAACCAUAUGUGGUCCACAGAUCCCUGCGGGUCUAGGCAAAUAUAUUGACAGCAAGCUAUGCAAAUUAGCAUGUUGCAAACAAGCAUGACAUGAAAACUAUGCAUGUAAAUGGCUGUUAAAAUUCAUUAAACAGGUCUACCAGAAGAUGAAGUUUGAGAAACACUAGGUUAAUGCAUGUCAUUAGAGUAUUUUGUACUUAAAGACAUGUAGUUCUUCCAGUUUUUCAAAAAUUGAAUUUUUUCUUUUACAAUUUAAAUGAAGAUGCACUGUUGAUAAUAAGAAUAUUAAAACUAUUACAGUGAAAUGUUAAUUUAAUGUGUGGGGUGUGUAUAAUAGAAAUGUAAAGAAUGUACAAGUGCUAUUCAUCAAUUUUUAUUCUUUGAUACUGUCCUAUUGACCUAACAUAAGCAGUUCUUUAAACUUU